AUGAAUGAUCUUCAUACGCUAGACACUCUGCCGCACUUGUUGGGGUUGAAAGGUGGGGGACCUGGUCUUGAAUGGAUAGAGCAGAGGUUCCAACAAGUUUUCAGCAGCAUCUCACCUCGACCCACUGGGUCCAAGUCAAACAGGGACAAGGAUGAGGAUGGACACUCUAAAAUUUUCAAGUCGGGUGUGAUUCCUCCAAGGGAGCUGUUUGACAAGAAGUUUGAAUCUUAUGUUGAAGGUGCUAGCACACCUUCAUGGGCAAUGAAAAAUAAGUUCUUGUCGAACGUGAUGGGCAAGAAUGAGACGGGACAGCAAUCUCAAGCACCAGCUCAAGGAUUAAAAACGAUGAACAAGGAAUGUGUGUCUCCUGAGACGGAGAGCAUAUCUUCGUUGGAAUCAGCCUUCCAACAUCAGCCUCAAGGCGACUUGAGUUUCAUUCCCACAUCGUGCGAUACACAGAAUGUGGUCUCUCAUGUGCUGCCUAAACUUGAAGACUCUGUGUCGACCAAUAUUGAUCUCGGACCAAGUUUGGGCGUGGAAUCAUUGAUGCUUGAGAACUCCAUAAAGGGUGAGAAUUCUCUGAAACCACGCAUCGAAAUUCCUGGACUUGCUGCAUGUGUCAGGGAGCCAUGCAUUGCCGAAAGAAUGUUGUCAUAUGCUCUCGAUCGCUUCCCUACAAGUCCUGAUAUUAAUUGCAUUUAUGCAGAUUUUCACUAUUUUGUGAAGGAAAAUAGCGAUUUCGCGAUAGAAUUGUACAGGAAAGGGCUGCACCGUUCUCCAGAUCACUUACCCAGCGUCAGUGGACUGGCAAUAGCCAUUGCUGAAUCAAUGUGCAACAAGCUUCAAAUCAAAGCAAAUGAAUUCACAAAUGCAUCUUCCUAUGAGGAGUUGAAAUUUAUUUGUGAAACUUGGUUGUGCUAUCAGACCGAUGAUGCUUCUUCCAUGUAUGCAUACAGUAUGUGGCUUCAGUAUGAAUAUUCUGAUAUUUCAACUUCGGAAAAGGUUUUGAGGAGGGUGAUUGAGUUGUGUCACGACGAGGAGCACAAUAUGCAUCCUCACUCUAUCUGUGAAAGUACGAGAGAGUGGAUUCUUUGUCGAGAAUCGAAAUGGGUUCUUGUACGAGCAUUAUGCGAUCUCGCUGUUCUCGUCAAUUCCACAGCUCAUGAUCUUUCUCAAGCAGAAACAUUGAUCAGGGAUGCCCUUUUGAUAGAUUCGAAUCACUCAAAAGCCCAUUACCUGUUGGGUUGUUUGCUGCAAUACGAUGUAUCUAGGAGCGAAGAAAGUGAGAGGUCCUUCAGAAAUGCCAUCCAAAUUUGUCCGACCAAUCAUAGAGCUUUGUGCAAUUUGGCAAAUCUGGUUUAUAGGUGGAAAGGUGAUCAAUAUGAGGCGGAGCGACUCUUUUUAUCGGCUCUUCGGCUUGAUCCUGAAGAUUCUGAAUCAUUACAAUCUUAUGCAAUUUUAUUGGAUCAAGGAAUUGGCGACUACAAGGGUGCGAUGGAAAUGUGUGAACGAGCGCUUGCCAUUGAUCCGUUUCAUGUACCGACCUUGGCGUGCUAUGCAAGAAUAUUGCAAGAUGAAAUGCAGGAUCAUGCCCGAGCUGAAAAUAUCUAUAAGCAGAUUUUAAGUGUCGACCUUCAAUGUGUCGAUGUAUUGUACAAUUAUGGAAGGCUCUUGUUGGAGGUCAAAGGAGACUGGCCAGCAGCAGAGCGCAUGUACAGAAGAGCGUUGCAGGCCAAUCCAAGGCAUAUUCCUACCCUCUGCAAUCUCGGACUUCUCCUGGAAGAGUAUCACAGAGAUUUUGAGGGCGCAGAGUUUCACUACAAGACUGCGCUUGAAGUGGAUGCGAAUGAUCAAGCUGCUCUCUACAACUAUGGAGUUCUGUUGCAAAAUGUCAAGUGUGACUAUGAUGCAGCAGAAGAAAUUUACAAACGUUUGUUACGUUUGGAACCCCAGGACAAACAAACUCUUCAUGUUUAUGCAAACCUUCUCUUUGAUGUCAAGAAGAACAUUCCAGAAGCCGAAGAGUUGUACACACGAGCGAUCAAAAUAAAUGAUACAGAUCCAGCUUUAUUAUGCGACUAUGGUAGACUACUACAUUCUGUUGGCAGAAACCUUGAGGCUGAAGAAAAAUACCGCAGGGUUUUGAGGAUGGAUGAGAAUCAUGAAAUUGCUCUGAGAAAUUAUGCUUCGCUCCUUCAUGAUGAUCUGCAAAACUAUGAUCAAGCCGAACUCCUUUACAAGAAAAUUCUUUCGAAUAGUCCCUCCACUACAUCGAAGGCUUCAGCUUUCUGUAAUCUGGCCAGGCUACUUCAAGAUGUAAGGCGAGAUUACGACUCGGCUGAAUCUCUGUACCUGCAAGCGAUAAAGUACGGAGUCAUGGAUUUCCGAUCAAUGCAUUCGUAUGCAGUCCUCCUAGAUGACAUCCGAGGCCGAUAUUCUGAAGCGACAAUCUUUUACAGAAAGAUGAUGAGGCAUAACCCUGAAGUCGGAGCCCGCGAACUGUAUGCAAUUGCCAGAAAGAAGAAAGAAACAGGAGAUAUUCAGACUGCCAUUGAAGUCCUGAGUUUCAUCUUAGAGGAAAAAUCGUUCUUUGAGAACUCUCAAAUUCUUCAAGAGAUUGCAAAUCUGACACUUCUCCGACAUGAUUACAAAGAUGCUUCUCAAUUCUACGUCCGUUCAAUGCGAAAGGACCCAAGUGCGGUUGCAAGUGUAUCUCGAGUUGCGCUUGAUUUUCAGAAUCAAAAGAACCACCUUGCUGCAUUGGAGUUGUACAAAGGAAUAUUAGAAGUUAAACAGGACGAUAGCCUUGUAUGCUUGAGAUUGGGACAAGUUUUGUUUGCUCUUCAUGAAGAAGGUAGAGUUCCGGCAGAUUCUUCUCAUCUGGAAUAUACGAAUUUCUUGCGACGAGCCUUAGAAUUGGAUCCCAACUUGUGUGACCAUGUUUAUAUCUUGGGUGUAAAGCUUGAAGCGAAAGAAGAUUUUUUGCAAGCAGUUGCUCUGUACAGAAUGAAUGCAAUUGCUUCGGAGUAUGCUCACUCAAAAUCUCUCGUUCAAGCUGCUAUGAUCCUUCAUCACAAACUGCAUAGCAAUGAAGAAGCUGGGUUCAUGUAUGAGAAGGCAGUCAUGUCUGGAGUGCAAGAAUCAAAGUUCUUCUUGUCAUAUGGAAAAUACAACGAAAAGUUUGCGAUGAACAACACCCUUGCGAUGGAAUGCUACCGUGCGGCAGAACUGAUUGAACCAACAAAUAUUGAUACUCUGAUAUCUAUUGCAAGAAUGGCUACACAAACGCACCCUUAUGUCUCCCGUGAAUACAUUUCGAGGGCUAUUGUACUUUACAGUGAUGAGCGUCUAUUGGAGACUGGAAGCGAAUUCCACAUGGACUCGUUUCUGGCACAACUCCUCAUUGAACUUUCGAGAGUUUCCAAAAUUUUGGGUGAUAUCGAUCAUGCCGAGGAAAUCUUGCUGCAAGUGCUUGAUGCGUACCCUUUGCACACAGAAGCCAUGACUGAGAUGGCCUUACUCCUAAGAGAAAUGGGUCAAGAUGCACACCUUCAGGAAAUCCUUGUGUCUCGACUGGUUGAGUUGAAUGUAAAUAACUCUGCAGUGUGGUGCUUACACGGGAAGCUUUUGAUGAACAAAGCUGUCUCCGAAAACAGUACACAAAAUGGAAUACGUGAUGCGCUCUGCGCAUUCAAUCAAGCUUUGGAUCUGAAACCCAAUGACGUUGAUGCUCUUUUUGAAGUUGCAGCGUUGUCCGCAUGGGAAGGAAAUCAUGAAAAGGCAGUUACUUUAUUGGAAAGAAUACUGGUUGAAGAUCCUCUACAACAUAAGGCAAUGGUAGCUUACACUUCAAUGGUGACAGAAAAUCAUUGUGAACAUGCCGCUUCAAUAAUCCAAGAAGCUCUGAAAAGGGACCGGCAGAACUAUGACGCAAGGAAACUAAGUGCAAAGAUUCUUCUUUUGCAGGGGAGACUUUUGCCAGCUUUCAUUGAGGUUCAAGGUUUGAUGACAGACAAACCAAGUGAUAUUGAGGUGGUGAACUUCUUCAAAGCCAUUCAGAUCGAUUUUGCAAGAAUUUUCUUGGCAGUGAAAGACUGUUUUAUGAAGUUGUGCCUGCAGUAUUGCUGCUGUCAAAUCCUCUUCAUGCAGCAUUCCUUUGAGCCUCCGCAUGAUGGAUUUUUGUCGUUGGACUUGCAGGUGGAAGAUUCUACUAUGGCAUUUGUCAAUGCUCAGGAGAGCCCGUGGAGGUUAAAGCAGAAGAAUGACAUAUCCUUCAUCCAGAGCUCCAUGUUGGAAAGAAAUGCCGACAGUUAUCAUUCCAGUCAGAUAAAAAAUUCUAGAAACGGAACGGGCUCGCACACUUCUCCGUGUCUGUUGCAAAUCAAUGCGAUGGAGGGCUUUGAAGAACCUGCGUUGUUCGAUUUGAACACGCCGUGUGACCUGAAGUCUCGGCCGUUCAUCGUUGCCACACCUGUUGAUGUUGACAGGGGCUUGCCAGAAGAUGAAAAGUUACAGGAAUGGCAGUCAGCACAAUCUGAUGCUUCUGUUGGCCAGGAUUUGCAGGAUGAAACAGUACCAGCAGACAUGGUAGAUGAACACUUGACACCAACACUUGGAGCCGAAAUAGAUUCUGAUCAAGCUUUCAAUUCUGAGAAAGAUGAAUCUGCUACCAGAAAUAGUGACUCUAUGUGGAAGGAAUCAGAAGGGCAACAAGAUCUCAUCGCAUCGUAUAACCAUGGAGGCUCAGAAAACACAAUGAAAACCGACGAAACCACCCAGGCAAUGUUUUCAGAUGACGAUUUCCAAACCAUUUUGUGCUCCGACACCAUCUCUUGCGCUGUCUCAUCUCAGAAUGUCCAUCCCGCAACUCAACCGGACAAAGCAGAUGCUUAUGGGGAUUCGUCCAUCGAAACUCUGCACGUGGACAACGUGAAUGCAGAGAACUCGUUCAAACCUGCUUCGUCUCACAAGAGCCCCAUAACGAUUCGCUGCAUUCAAAAUGGAUUCAUUGAUGAAUUUCGUAAGCCAAGAAUGAAGGAGAAUCCGACAUCAAACACGUAUUCCUUCUCAUCUGAGAGCUUCGGAUCACACUCUAGGCUGUCGGGUGAAACAGAUUCCCCCUCUGAUAGUAAUUCUGAUGAUGGAGGGUCGAUGUCUGUGUAUGAUGCUGACCAGGUCAUGCCCCUAAGUAAGAGUCCCUCGGUCGCACCUGAAACUCCAAGAUGGAAACUUGUUGCGCAGCAAAAGGCGUUUGAACGAGAGCAAAAGCGAAGUGAAGAGAAGGAGCUUUCUCCAGAAUUGGACGGCAUUUCCACUUUAUUUCAAUCACCACCAACUUGGAGUGCUAGACAAUUCACAGAGAUCACCGUUGCGAAAGCAGCGCAUGGCAGCAGAUCAAGUGCAAAGAAAUCAAGGUUAAUAUCCCCUCGAAGACCUCGCCCUGUAACUGCAUCCUUCGUCUCAACUCCUUUGAUCAAAGAUCACAACCAGAAUGGUUUUGUGAAUCGAAUUCCUGCGAGCUGGAAGGCUGAAACUGCGCAGACCGAAGAGUUUUCACCUUCGGGAACUCAAGUGCAAGAUGUUCCAAUGAAACAUUUGCAAAUCAUGGAUUCAAUGUUCACAGCAUUGAGAGGAGUUGCUUUCCGUUCCAGGACUAGCAGAGCGGAGAAGUUCAAGAUCUACGACUCCACGAAUAGAGUCGUGGGGGUUGGGUGCAAGUGA